CCGACACAGGGGUGCUGGCGCGCGUGGGCUGCGCACGAGAGCUUGCUGCGCGAUUUAUGCUGGGGUGCGCGGGUCUCUGGGGCGGAGGGGGUGCGGGCGGAGAGUGAGAUGGCUCGGGCAGAGGCAGCCAGGGCACAGGCAGCAAAAGAGGCGGAGAGGACGGAGAUGAAAAGAGAGGCACAGGAAGCACACGAGGCACGCGAGGCAGCGCGGGCAGACGCAGACAAGACACAGACAGCGCGAGAUACCUGGACACGAGAUCCCUGGACACGAGAUCCCCGGGCAGACGCAGCCAAGACACAUGCGGAACGAGAGGCACGCGAGGCAGAGGCACGGGAGCCAGCAUGGGCCGACGCAGCUCGGGCAGCCCACAUGCAACGAGAAGCGGAAUGGAAGGCCCAGCUACUAGACGCCCGGCAGCCACACACACCCACCCCGCGGCUCUGCAGCUGCAGCUGUAGAUGCAGCGAGCGAAGCAGUGAGCGAAGUAGACGCAGUGGCAGGAGCGGCGACGGGGAUAGGGACAGGGAUAGGGAUAGGGAGGUGUGGAUCCGCGUCCGCGACGGGCGGAAGGUAGUCGUCCGGCGGCGGGGGGGACGGUGAGAUACUCUCGAGGCAUGUACCGAGGAGACAGCGGAGUGAGGGAAGUAGACUCUGUUAAGGCAUUCCUAGUGGGUCCUGUGCUCGGGAUACAGCAGGUGAGAAUAGGAGUUGCGAACGCGAUCGAGAUUCGGGGAUGGGAAAUGGAGAUCGGGGGUUGGGAGAUGCG